CACACAGGUUUUUACAGACACAAACACUCAUAUAGUGGCACACACACAUAUAUACUCACACACACAUUCAUUGAAUUAUGAAGUACUUUGAACAGUACAUUACAUCAACAUGUGGCCAUAUUAUGUACCGCUGCAGCACAUCAAGUUUUUCUAAAAGUGUGAGAAUGUGUGUGAAAGAGCAAGUGAAUGUGAAAUGAUAAAGUGACAACUUUCAGUGAGACCAAGAGUACUGUGAUCAAAAUUCUUAAACGUAAAAAUUGCAGCUCUUCAGUUGCACACAGAAAACUGGUUAUUCAGGUCUUCACAGUAAAAAAGUUCUUCAUCUGAUCAGUGUAAGAUUCAAAGCAGAACCUUCAGCAGCACUUCUAUAGGUAUGAGUGUAGAACCGUUUUUCAAGAGUGUUAAGGAAGGCUUAUGUUGUGAAUGACCAUGUGAGACUGGUAUGUAGUUAUGGGACAUUCCUGCCCUGAGUCAGCUCGGGUCAUACGGUAUGUUUCCCUGUAGGACUGAGGUGACCUCUCACAUUCAGCAUCUUAACUGUGAAGUGUGAACAGUGCUGUGUGUGUGUGUGUGUGUGUGUGUGUGUGUGUGUGUGUGUGUGUGUGUGUGUGUGUGUGCGCGCGCGUGAAUCUGCGUGGAUGAGAGAGUGUGGGUGCAUGCGUAUGUAUGUUUGUGUGAAUGUGUGCUAUUUUUAGUGAUACCAAUUAAUUUGUUCUUUGGUCAGUGGGUUCGUUUACUUGCUAUUCAUAUUUGCUAUUGCAUUUGCAUACACUAGAAUAAAGCUUAUUUUACAGCAGAUGGGUCAUUGUGAAGAGUACCAUACUGCCCGGUGCUUCAUCACGUUUAUGUUUAAGAUGGCUCUCAUUUGUUGGAAAAGGUUGCGCUCGAGCUCACUCUCCGAACUUGACAUUUAGAUGAGGUUAUAGUUUGUUCACUCUCCGUCUAGCUGCUGUGGGUCAGCCUGCGCUUGUAUGUUGUCGGGUUUGCUUUUUCGCAUGGUAUGGGUAGGAGGAGCCGGUUUCCUGUGAUUGUCUGGCUCUCCUCUCUCUCCCUCAUUUCUGUGAAGUUGCCUAUGAAAGCCUGGGCUUGUACGGAGCGCUGCCGAGGGUAGACUACUGCUGUGAGAAAAGCUCCGACACACAACUCUCCGGCUACUACGGUCUUAUCUCGCCAUUUCCUUACUUCGUUUUGGCGUUGUUUUCCAAGAUGACAGAGGAAAAGAAUGUUCGACAUUUAAAGCUGGUGACUGACCAGCUUCUGUGGGAUUUGAUGUCGCCUUUAGAUCGGCCCAACUGAAGAUGGAAACACUGGAGUCCGAGCUGACGUGCCCGAUCUGUCUGGAGCUAUUUGAGGACCCCCUGCUGCUACCCUGCGCCCACAGCCUGUGCUUUAACUGCGCCCACCGCAUCCUGGUGUCGCACUGCUCCACCAGCAAGCCCCUCGAGUCCAUCUCCGCCUUCCAGUGUCCGACCUGCCGCUACGUCAUCACGCUGAACCACCGCGGCCUGGAGGGCCUCAAGCGCAAUGUGACGCUGCAGAACAUCAUUGACCGCUUCCAAAAGGCCUCCGUUAGUGGGCCCAACUCGCCCAACGAGAGCCGGCGCCCGCCGCGGCUGUCUCCCCACAGUGUGAGCGCCCGCGGCAGCCCCGCUCUCACCAGCAGCGUCAGCAGCGUCACGAGCCCCCCGCCCUCCACCCUCGCCAUGUCCCUGGAGCAUCAGCAUCAGCAGCAGCAGCAGCAGCAGGUGGUGCAGCAGCAGCACCUGCGCCCCCUAGUGGGCUGCCAGUUCUGCGAGCAGGACCCGCCACGGGAGGCCAUCAAGACGUGCGUCACCUGCGAGGUGUCCUACUGCGACCGCUGCCUGCGCGCCACCCACCCCAACAAGAAGCCCUUCACCAGCCACCGGCUGGUGGAGCCCGUGCCGGACACGCACCUGCGCGGCCUCACCUGCCUCGAGCACGAGAACGAGAAGGUGAACAUGUAUUGCGUGGUGGACGACCAGCUCAUCUGCUCGCUCUGUAAGCUGGUGGGACGUCACCGCGAGCACCAGGUGUCCUCGCUGAGCGAGCGCUUCGACAAGCUCAAGGCUUUUCAAGUGAGCCCGGGCAGAGUUUCAGAAGCGGUUAUGGAGGCAUCAAAGACAAGCGCCGCGCAAACCCUGGAGAACAACCUGACCAAUCUGGUGAAGAGGAACAGCGAGCUGGAGAACCAGAUGGCCAAGCUCAUCCAGAUUUGCCAGCAGGUGGAGGUCAACACUGCCAUGCACGAAGCCAAGCUGGUGGAGGAGUGUGAUGAACUGGUGGAGAUCAUCCGGCAGCGGAAGCAGGUCAUCGCUGUCAAAAUCAAAGAGUCCAAGGUGAUGAAGCUGCGAAAGCUGGCCCAGCAGAUUGCUAACUGCCGUCAGUGCCUGGAGCGUUCCAGUGCGCUCAUCACACAGGCAGAGAACAGCCUGAAGGAGAACGACCACGCCCGCUUCCUGCAGACCGCCAGGAAUGUGGCUGAGAGGGUUGCCAUGGCCACUGCGUCUUCACAGGUGCUUAUCCCAGAUGUCAAUCUGAACGAGGCCUUUGACAACUUCGCCCUGGACUUCUCCCGAGAGAAGAAGAUCCUCGAGGGCUUGGACUACUUAACAGCCCCUAACCCUCCAUCCAUACGAGACGAGCUGUGCACCGCAUCUCACGACACCAUCACCGUGCACUGGACCUCCGAGGACGAGUUCAGCGUCACCUCCUACGAGCUGCAGUACACCAUCUACACCGGCCAGACCAACUUCAUCAGUUUGUAUAACUCGGUGGACAGCUGGAUGAUCGUGCCCAACAUCAAGCAGAACCACUACACUGUGCACGGCCUGCAGAGCGGCACGCGCUACAUCUUCUUCGUCAAGGCCAUCAACCAGGCCGGCAGCCGCAACAGCGAGCCCGCCCGCCUCAAGACCAACAGCCAGCCUUUCAAGCUGGACCCCAAAACGGCCCACAAAAAGCUGCGUCUGUCCAACGACUGCCUGACCAUGGAGAAGGACGAGAGCUCUCUGAAGAAGAGCCACACACCGGAGCGCUUCAGCAGCACGGGCUCGUACGGCUCCGCCGGCAACGUCUUCAUCGACAGCGGCUGCCACUACUGGGAGGUGCUGCUGGGAGCCUCCACAUGGUACGCGGUGGGCGUCGCCUACAAGUCCGCGCCCAAGAACGAGUGGAGCGGCAAGAACUCGUCCUCGUGGGUCUUCUCGCGCUGCAACAACAACUUCCUGGUGCGGCACAACGGCAAGGAGCAGCUGGUGGAGGCGUCGCUGCAGCUGCGGCGUCUGGGCGUGCUGCUGGACUACGACAGCAACGCGCUGUCCUUCUGGGACGCCAUGAACGCGCAGCACCUGCACACCUUCCACGUCUCCUUCCUGCUGCCCGUGGCGCCCACCUUCAUGAUCUGGAACAAGUCGCUCAUGCUGCUGUCCGGCCUGCCCGUGCCCGACUUCGUGGACUGCCCCGAGCAGCAGGAGGGCCUGUGCCGCCAGCAGGAUUCUCCCUACGUCUCGUCCACCAUGAAGGGCUGCCACUGAGAGAGGGGUCUGGGGGGGUUAGCGGGAUCGGGCAGAUCGAGGCAGUUUGUUGGAUGAAUGGAUGGACUGAGCCGUGUCGUUGACGCUAACGCACUGGACUGGAGCUACUGCUGAGAGCGCCAGGCGGCAGCCGUCGCAGGGUCUCCCCCCCUUUUCCUGGAUCUUCCUCCUACUCCUCUUCUUCUCAUGGUUUUCAGUUUCGCUCCUCAUGGUUUUAGCGCUCCUUCUCUCUCAUUGGUGGGUUAGCAUCGCCUGUGCUUCUCAGUUUCAAAGGAUGCGUUUAGUUUUUGCAACAGUUAUAGUUUAAUGGUUUUCCAAAACAACAAAGUUGACACAUUUUGACUACUACUUGUAUAUGAUGUGACCUCUGAUGAAGAUGAUGAUGAGUAUGGUGAGGAGGAAGAAAAGCAAUUGUAAAUUAUUUGUCACUAACAAGUUUAUUUGCUUUUUAUCAGUUUUGAUGUAAACCUGAUGCACUUUUUGGAUUGGUUUUAAUGCCCCUGUGUGUAAAAAAAACAAAAAAAAUCAGAAAUGGAUUUGGACAGGGUUGCUCUUACUUUAGAUAGAAUAGAAGAGGUUUAUCUUAUUAAUAAAAAAGGGAUACAAAUUUGAUGUUUCUACCGAAGUAAUGAAUUUAUUAUCUGAUGGAAUUAUAACUCACAGUUUUAUUAUAUUCAGGGAAGACAAAGAAAUCCUUUUAUUUGCUAUUUGUGUAGACGUUACGGCAUGAUAUGUAUUUCCUCUGUGAUUUGUUCACUCUCCUUCUGUUAGUACUUUUCUUUUCUUGUGAAAAGCAUGAUACAGUAUGUAUGAUUCCCACGGGCCCCACGUAGUGGACAGACAUCUAACCCUCUCAGUAUAUUUAUUGCACCGUGAACAAGUGACCCUUUUCUACACCCUCACUGCCCAUCGCUUAGUCUCCCACUGAGACUCAGUCAAAGUGAAAAGCAGAGUGACAUGGAGCCAUGGUGGCACCCAAAGCAUUCAUCCAUCUACAUUCAACAGAAAAGGCCAUAGUGGGGGUUCUUUUUAUGCAUCCAGACAUAUUUCAAGUCUAGUGUUUGAACAUACCAGCCAUGGCAGCUGUCUGAACUGUCCAUAAUCGUGGAGGAAAACUAACAUUAUCGACACUCAGUCAUUGAAGUUGCACCAAACUCAUCAAAUCAUGUCUUGAUUCUCCUGAGUAUUUAGUAUUUAUUUCCCCAUACUUCUCCUGGUCUGGUCUUGGUGUUUUACGAUCUUCCUCUGUGUCAUAUUCAGGGUUGAGCUAAGAGGAUCCUUGAAGACAAUCACUAGUAAUGCAGGCAAAGACAAGUGUAGCAAGACAAACGCAUGGAAUACUUGAGACGUGAGAGGCAGGUGCUUCUCCACUUUGUUUAUUUGGGAUGCUUUGCCAUUGUACCUACACAGGGCUUGGGAACGGAAAGAUACUGUACUACUGAUGCCACUGGCUUGCGUUGCUAUUCUCGACAUAUCAAUGGCUCUGCUCUUUUUUCUGGAUGUUGGCCUAUCUCUUCUGGUUUGUCAUUCCUCUUUAUGAGCCAUGUUUAAGGCGAGCAGGUAUCCACUCUGACUGGAUAAUAUGUUCCUCAGGAUCUGGUUCUAGAUCUUUCUGUUGGACCUUCAGUGGUAGCGCCUCUCUUGUAGUUAAGCUCAGCGGAGACGUUUUGAGCGAGUGAAUUAUUAAACACCACCUAUCUCCCCCCGACCUUGAAAUUUUACAUUCCAAAGAACAGAAAAGAGCAGAAUAUAAGUAUAUAAGUGGGUGGUCUAAAUGAUCACUGGCAUGCAGUUCACUUUGAGUUUUUGAUAUUUACAAGGUCACAGCAGGUGAAGACUAGACGAGGCUGUGGUGUUGUGCGAGAACUGUUGAUCUCUAAACUGGACUGAUGUGUUCAGUCCAUUUGUAUCCAUGUGCAUCAGUGCUCAGUGCUCUUCCAUCUACUCUUUGCCAUUCAAUCGAGGCAUGUUCAUUACAAAAAAUGAAAGCACUCCCAGCAAAGAUAUCACCCGCUGAUCCGCUGCUGUCGCAACAUAUCAGGUUCUGAUAAAACCAUGCCUCUCUGUGUGCUUCAUAUGGUGAAAUCUGCAGAAAUACAUUUUGUAAAUUACCUUCUUGUGUUUUUUUCUCUCCAUUGGGUUCUUGUUUCACAUUUUGUUUCUUAAAAGAUUCUUUUUGAAAAGGUUCUACAUCUGGUUAACAAAAGGUUGAAUAAAUCCAUUUCUUUUGAUGUUUCAGAGCUUUAAGAAGUGAUCAAAUCAGCCAUGCUCAUCUGCUUCAUGCUUCUGUUUCAAUAAAUAUGACUUUUAGAGGAAAAGAAUGUAAAUCAUAGGGGGAAAUAUAUAUUAUAUAAGAAUUGUAUAAUAUACAAGAAAUAUAUAUAUAUGAACUAUUGUUAUUUAUGUGAGCUGAAGUCCAAUUAAAAGUCUGAUCCCAAAAAAA